AUGGAUUGCUGUGAACAAGUGUGUACUAUAAAAAACCUUGAUAAUGGAGAAGAGUUUGUGGUUAAUGAGAUUAGAGAAGAUGGGACGUGGAACAAACUGAAGGAAGUCGGGACGGGGAGACAGUUGACAAUGGAGGAGUUCGAUGUUUGUGUUGGGCAUUCUCCGAUCGUUCAAGAGUUAAUGAGAAGGCAGAAUGCGAAGCAGCGACGAGAGGUAUACCUCGUCGGAGAAGGGUGGGAGGAGAUCAAGUUCCGCCAGGAUGUUUUGUUUCAUGGGCCGGAGAGAGUGAGGGUCAAGCAGUAUGGGAAACCAUGUAAAGAGCUCACAGCUCUUUACGAGAGUCAAGAGAUACAAGCGCAUACAGGGUCUAUUUGGAGCAUUAAAUUCAGUUCUGAUGGAAAAUUCCUUGCUAGUGCUGGUGAGGAUCGUGUAAUUCAUGUAUGGAAGGUAAUUGAAUCAGAGAGGAAAGGCGAGUUGUUGAUGGAAAAGCCAGAAGAUGGGAAUUUGAGCUUUUUUCUUGUGGCUAAUGGAUCUCCGGAAUCGACUCUGUCAUUGCCGAGUUCUGAUCUCCUUCAUGAGAAGAAGAGAAGAGGAAGGUCAUCGAUAAGCCGGAAAUCUAUGAGCCUGGACCACAUUGUGAUGCCAGAGAUUGUAUUUGCAUUUACAGACAAGCCUAUUUGUUCUUUUCAAGGACAUUUGGAUGAUGUGCUCGACCUCUCAUGGUCCAAGUCUCAGCAAUUGCUCUCAUCUUCAAUGGACAAAACAGUCAGGCUUUGGGACUUGACUAGCAAGACUUGUUUAAGAAUAUUUUCACACAGUGAUUAUGUAACUUGCAUCCAGUUUAAUCCAGUUGAUGAUAGAUACUUCAUUAGUGGAUCCUUAGAUGCUAAAGUUCGCAUAUGGAGCAUUCCUGAUUGUAAAGUUGUCGAUUGGAAUGAUCUGCAUGAAAUGGUCACCGCUGCUUGUUAUAUGCCGGAUGGCCAGGGUGCACUAGUUGGCUCAUACAAAGGAAGCUGCCGUUUAUACAAUGCUUCUGAUAACAAGUUGCAACAGAAAAGUCAAAUCAAUUUGCUGAAUAAAAAGAAGAGAUCUGAUCAAAGGAAAAUUACUGGUUUCCAGUUUGCACCAGGAAGUUUGUCAGAAGUACUUGUUACAUCUGCAGAUUCGCGAAUUCGGGUUGUUGAUGGUUCUGAUCUAAUUCACAAGUUUAAAGGAUUUCGGAACUCAAACAGCCAAAUCUCAGCUUCUGUUACGGCAAAUGGAAAAUAUAUUGUCUGCGCUAGUGAGGACUCUAAUGUGUAUGUGUGGAAACACGAAGUAGAAUCUAGGCCUAGCAGAAGUAAAGGAGUCACUGAGACACGCUCUUAUGAACACUUUCACUGUAAAGAUGUAUCUGUUGCCAUCCCUUGGCCAGGCAUGGCUGACAUCUGGGGACAAAGAGAUGCACAAUUGAAUGAUCAAAAUUGUUUUGUCGAUGAAAUUUCGACGGCUAAUCAUCCUCCUACACCCGUUGAGGAGCACAGUGGAAACGAGGGUUCAUUAUCAGCAUCCGGCUGCACCAACAGCUCUCUCCAUGGAACCAUUUCUAGUGCCACCAAUAGCUACUUCUUUGACAGAAUCUCAGCUACAUGGCCUGAGGAAAAACUACUUACGACAACUCGGACCCGGAGCAGCCCCAAUACGAGUGUGGACUUCUCUGGGGUUAACCCAAACAUGUCAGCCUGGGGUAUGGUGAUUGUAACCGCUGGGUUACGAGGUGAAAUUAGAACUUUCCAAAAUUUUGGGUUGCCAUUUCGAAUUUAAUUGGGUAAGGAACCUCAUGGGUGGUGGGAAAUGAGUUGAUAAUGUGUCAAUACCAUCCAUUUCUCUCCACCUUUGUGUACAGAGAGAUAUUGGUUGAGAUUUGUAAUAUUAGCCAGUGUCAUUUCUUUGUUUGUGCCUUAUGCUCAUGAAUGCAGGGGGAAUGGAAAGCCACUGCAUUUGAGCAUCAAGGAAAAUAUAGAAUCGUUCGAAAGAAAAAGCAUAACAAAAUUACACCCUGAAUUAGAUUACGACAUAUUUCCGGUGUCGGAAAUUGUAAAGGUUAAGAUUAGAGGUGGAAAGCCUAUUGAAUUGAAAAUGGAAUUCUUUUACGACAUGUUAUUCUUCACCAAUCAAUUCUUAUGUUCUUGAA